UUCUUCUCCAUCGGGGAAACCAAAGGUCACCAGAGAGCAUGACUGUGGAGCGGGUUCUCAUGAUGGAGGAGAGUAAAGCUAAGAGAAUGUGCUACGAACGUCCUGCAAGAGAAGAUAUGAUAAGCAAAUUACCCGACCCUCUGAUGUCUCAGAUACUCUUUUAUCUUCCGACAAAAGAAGCUGUUAAGACUAGUGUUUUGUCCCAUAGGUGGGAAACUCUCUGGCUUCUGGUCUCCGAGUUGGAUUUGAACUCUUCCGAGUUUCCAGACUACAAUGCAUUUUCGGGUUUCGGGGAUAGGUUCCUAGAGAAGUCUUGCUUGCGCAAGCUCAAGCUAAAGAUUCUGAAACGUAAGAACGAUAAGUCUUGCGUCACGUGGUGGGUAGACUUUGUGGCUAGGCCUAGGCGUAAACUAAAACAUCUUGAUGUCGAGUAUCUUUACGUCUCUCGUAAGCGUUUGGAAGUGAUGCCCAUAAGCCUCUGUGUCUGCGAGACGCUAAAAAGACUUGUAGUGUAGACUGUACUUGUGUUUUGAUUGUCGUUGAACUAUGUUAUCAUAGGUCUUUGUGAGCUUUGGUCAUAACAAGAACAUGGUUUUGUUGGAAGUUUGAAACUUGUAGCAAUAAAUUUGAAGGUAUCAUUUAACUUUA